CCCGAAUGCUCGUCUCUUCCUGCCACCACUUCGAAAAUGGCAACGGUGCGGUGUCUUUGGUCAGUGCCGGCUCGACCAGCGUUGCAGCUCCGACUGAAACCUCAAUUCCUGUUAUCAACCAUUCAACAACGCAAUGCUUCAUCCAAACACCCUAAAGGCUUCGAGCCACCGACCUAUGCUGACCUCUCCGAACUCCGAGAACGAGUUCAGGAGUUCACACGACGUGAAAUACCAGAAAAAGUGGCUGCCAAGACGGAUAAGUCCAAUGCGUUUCCUAAUGAGAUGUGGCAGAAGCUGGGCGAGGCGGGGUUCCUGGGAAUGACUGCAGAUGAGGACGUGGGAGGCCUGGCAAUGGGGUACCAAGCACAUUGUGUGGUGAUGGAGGAAAUUUCGAGGGCGUCAGGGUCUAUUGGAUUGAGUUACGCUGCACAUUCUCAGCUCUGUGUCAACCAGCUGCAGUUGAAUGGCAAUCCAGACCAGAAGCAGAAGUUCUUGCCAGGCCUCAUUGCUGGGACGAGUAUUGGUGCUUUGGCUAUGUCUGAAAGUGGCGCGGGGAGUGAUGUUAUUGGUAUGAGGACAACAGCAAAGGCAGUCGAUGGUGGAUAUAUUCUCAAUGGCACCAAGAUGUGGAUCACGAAUGGCCCCGAAGCUGAUGUUGUUGUGGUUUAUGCAAAGACUGAACCCGACAAAGGUUCCAAGGGGAUCACGGCAUUCAUUGUGCAGAAAGAGUUCGAGGGCUUCAGUUGUGCUCGGAAACUCGAUAAGAUGGGCAUGCGUGGAAGCAACACCGGGGAAUUGAUCUUCGAUGGGGUUUUCGUACCAAAGGAGAACGUCCUCGGUGAGGUCAAUCGAGGAGUAAAAGUGUUGAUGGAAGGCCUAGAUCUUGAACGACUCGUUCUCAGUGCUGGCCCCCUAGGUAUCAUGCAGGCUGCGAUGGACGUCACUCUUCCUUUUACUCAUCAAAGAAAGCAGUUCGGCACUCCUAUUGCACACAACCAACUAGUCCAGGGCAAGCUUGCGGAUAUGUACACGAAGCUGCAAGCAGCUAGAUCCUACACAUACGACACGGCAAGAAAGAUCGAUGAGAUGGGGCAGAUUCGGACUCAAGACUGUGCUGGUGCAAUCAUGUAUGCUGCUGAGAGAGCAACAGAGUGCUCUCUUGAUUGCAUACAGUUGCUGGGUGGGAUGGGUUACGUCGAGGAGAUGCCAGCCUCAAGAUUAUUGAGAGAUGCAAAAUUGUAUGAGAUAGGGGCAGGUACAACUGAAAUCAGAAAAAUAGUCAUUGGUCGAGCAUUCAACAAGGAGUACAGUAGCUAUGCAUCAUGAGGGUAAAUAUCAUGUCGGGGACACGGAGCAUUGGGAACAGGUAGAGAGGCGUGCCUCGAGGAUUGUAUGAACAGUCUCUAGUUCCGAGUCCAACUGAACAAAUCAAAUUAAGAACCCUACCUCAGCC